CACCCAGUAACGCAUCACGCUUCAUCAGAGAGAACAGCACCCAGCGAUCAUUUCAUCAACCAAAGAUCACUCUCUCACUCGGCGCCUCUAGUUGUAUCCAUACGACCUCUUUGUUGUACCAGAGGGGCCUCGGUUGCCCAGCCUAGCGUGACCUAUGCAGCUUAACGCGACGCGCAUUUGAGUGAGCUAGGCAGGAGAAGGAGAGGUGGACAAGCACAGCACUGGACGCCAACUCACUCAGUCACCAAAUCGAAGCAUUCACUCGCUCGAUCAUCUCCAGGUCUGCAAAGAAACAUGUCAAACCCCGGUGCACCCAAUGCAGGCGCUGGCCAGACGGGCAGUACAUUCACUCCUGCUCCACCACCAACGCCAGGGGCUGCACCUGCGACUACAGCAACCACGACGGUUGCACCACCAAACAACCAGAACUUGAAUCAAAUCGUCACGGACUACCUCAUAAAACGAGGCUACACUCGUACUGAGGAAGCUUUCCGCAAAGAGAUCCAGGGCGGCAACACCAAAGCAGAAGAAGAGGAAAGCAAACGGUUAAAGCCUGACAAAUAUGUGGCUGCUUUUGAGCACCUCCUGAAAUGGGUGGAUAACUCUCUCGAUCUCUACAAGUUCGAGCUGAGCAAGGUCUUGUGGCCAGUCUUCGUCUAUUCAUUUCUUGAUUUGGUCAAGUUUGAGUACAAGCUGCGCGCCGAAUCUUUCAUGCUGCAGUAUAAAGAGCGAUUUGAGACGGUUCGCGCAGAUGAAGUCAACCAACUGAAGCUUGUUAAAACCCCUAAACAGCUUGAGGAAAACGCAGUCGCUCGCCUGUAUCUGAAGAACAAGUAUCGCAUUCCGCUGAACAAGUUCGCAUCCGGCAAUCUCUUCAACUUCCUGGAGCGUGCAGCCGAAGAAUGUGGUAGCAUUGUCAGCUAUAUCCUCGCUUCGUUCUGUGAGGUCGAGUCUAUCGAGCGGGGUCCUAUUGAGCCAUUUAGCUUCGAAGCCAUCUACCGCCGCGCACGCAAUCUAGAUAUUGACGACGUUGACGCCCAAGAAGGUAUCCCUGGCAUCCCGGCAACAGGUGCCGUAACCCUCAACAAGGAGAUCCUCGACAACGGAAAUAAUGCAGCUCUCAAGCUCGGCCCUCUCCCUCUAGAGCCUGAGCUACGCGGAGACAUUCUAGCCGAGUUGGAGGACGAAGACAAGAUCAAUCCACCUCGAGACGGUGCACGAUCGCUUGUUGACGAAUUCAAUCUUAUUCAUUCCAUCAAAAAAGAAGCAGGAGACUCGCCACAACGCACCGACAUUCCCUACCCACCAUCUAGAGCCAGAGAUAUCGUCAUGGAGAUGCAAAAGGUUCGCGAGAACAGGGAUCGCUUCAAGAUCGAGGGCCGAACGGGCGGCGUGGGACCAGCAGUGUCUGUCUGCAUGUAUACAUUCCACAACAGUCUUGGAAGCUAUUCAUGUAUGGACUUCUCCAAAGACCAGAAGCUCGUUGCCGUUGGCACUACAGAGUCUUACAUCCGCGUAUGGACGCUCGACGGAUCGCCCCUCAAGUCACAAUUACCAAACGAGCAAGACCUCAAGAUCAACAAUCGCAAGCUGAUCGGCCACUCUGGACCUGUCUACACAGUUGCAUUUUCCGAUGCCGUCAGGAACAUCGACCGCAACAUCUACGAUGAUGGCCCCAAGGUCGAUACAGAUGCCAAGCUUCUCAUCUCAUGCUCGUACGAUGGACAAGUUCGGUUAUGGUCCUUGGAGACAUGGACCUGCCUUUGCGUCUACAAGGGUCAUUCCGGUCCAAUCAUGAAGCUGGCAUGGGGACCUUUUGGUCACUACUUCGCAACAGGUGGUUGGGAUAAGACUGUUCGCGUCUGGUCGCAAGACCGUGCAUCGUAUGUCCGUCUCAUGGUUGGCCACGACACUCCGAUAUCUGCUCUCUGCUGGCACCCCAACGGCGCUUACGUGUUCUCUGCCUCUGAUGAGGCUGACAAGACCAUUCGAAUGUGGUCGGUCUCAACAGGUAACUGUGUUCGUAUCUUCACAGGUCAUACCGACUACAUCUCAGCGAUGGAGGCUUCACCGAACGGCAAGAUCUUGGCAUCGGCCGACUCUGGCGGUAACAUCUUUAUCUGGGACAUUGCCAAAGGAGAGCGUAUCAAACGCAUGCGAGGACACGGCCGCAAUGGCAUCUGGUCGGUCGACUUCAACGUGGAGAGUAACACACUGGUAUCUGGAGGCGCAGACCUGACUGUCCGUGUCUGGGACGUGGAGAUGCCAGCUGAGGGCGCACGCACUGCAGCUCAAGCUGAUGGCGGUGAUGGCGCAAUUGUGGUGGGCGGUAGCGGAGCAGCAACCGACGGCAAGACGGCAGCAAGCACCGCACAGGGGACAGCAAGCGGCGCUGGCAGCACUGGCAUGGGCAAGAAGAAGGGUAAAGAGGUUAUGAUUACCCCCGACCAAAUCAGCUGCUUCCCGACCAAGCGAACACCGGUUCAUAAGGUCAUGUUCACACGGAUGAACCUAGUGAUUGCCGGAGGUUGCUACGAGCCAGAGCAGCGGUGACUGUCAAAUACGAAGAAUGACAGGCGAAAUAUGAUAAGCACAUGGGGCAGAUAGUUGCUUCCAUCAUGGAGUGUAUCAAAUGGAGCGGCUUGGAAGGCCGCAACGGAGUUUGUAAUGGAUUUGGCAAUAAGGCUAGUGGCAUAGGAGUCGAGCGGCGUACUGCUAAAACAAUGUAUACCCAAGUCUGAUAAUUUCGCAAUUGAGAGGAAAUAUUCCGGA